AUGACACUGUCACCGUCGUUAUGGAGCACCUACACUACUACUACUUUAAUUUUUGAUUCUGUAACAGAAAACGUGACAUCACAAUUAACAAAUACUGUGAUACCAGUAUUAAGAAACAGUACAUAUACAAAAAAUAAAACAGAAGAAUUCCAAGUUUCGAAUACUGAAUUUGUAAAUUAUUCGAUAUUGCACUGGCCUAAUUAUUUAUGGUUUGCUGCUGGUUUAGGAAUUGGAAUAUUCAUAAUGUUAAUUAUAAAUUCCAAUUUAUAUUGCCAAGUCUGGUGUCCUAACUUUCGUAUCUUAAGACGCAUUCGGAUCUUCUUUAGAAUCCUUUGGCACCGUUUCAUCGUUUGGUAUCGUCACGUUUGUCUUGGUAGAAACGAAUAUUUUAUUUCAACUCUCAAGCAAAAUGACAGAGUUAUCAAAGAAGAACACGAAAUAAAUUUCCAACCGCUUCCGCGCGUCUCACUAUCACCGCGACUCACAAAUCAGUCGCGAUCUUUACAACAGUCACAAUUGUCGCAUCGCUCGCAAAUGUCACAGUUGCCACGUGGUUCACGAUUGCUACAACUCAGUGAUCUCACAAAUCAAUCGCAAUCUUCAUCGCAACAGUCACAAUGGGAUACUACGUUACCUACAGUCUCACGGCAAUCUCAUAUCCCACAGCAAUUACCAAAAAUUGUUAUUAAUAAUCGAUUCUUUGAUCUAGUUUCCUCAGUUAGAAACAGCCCUGCAAUCAUCGAAAAUUCCCAAAUUACUGGAACAAUACAUACGACUACCGUAAGAACCAUGAUUGCCACAUCAACUAUAGCGCCUGGACGAUUCACUUCUUUUUCUACACAGUAA